AUGGCGAGCCGACUGCGGCAGAACUUGACAGAUCCGGCGAUCCGACAAGCUGUGCGCCAGCGCUGCAGCUCUGUGCCCCUGGAGACCACGGACAGAAGUUCGCGAGAGAGCAGGAGCAAUGCGCGGCCGAAAGCUACGGAAUCUGCCAUCGUCCAGAGUUCUGCUGCAGGGUUUGGGAGUCGCAACACCAGCCGAGAUCGUGGUCCAGGAGGUCCAGGCGCCUUGACCUCUCGGCCCACGAGCAGAGAGCGCACUGGAGGCAGUGCUCCUGGCGAUUCUCAGCGCACCGUCCGCAGACCGGGCACUGGCGCGCUUCAGAAGUCCUCGUCGACGGGAGCUCUGUCUUCCAGCUCCUCCGCGGCCGCUUCCAGGCAGCGGUCGAGUCGACGUCCGGUCGCCAAAGCGCAAGCCGUGGUGAAUGCAGAGCCGAUCCCGAUCCGCGGUCGGCGCGGUGCAGACGAUUCCCGCAAGGUAAAUGCCCAAGCAGCAUUGGCCAAAGCUGUCGCGUCGCUGCUUGGCAACGGAAGCUCCUCAUCCGCGGUGGCAGCGGCCGUGCAAGCGGCCGCCGACGCUGGAGGGGCCAUGCAAGAUGAGCUUCUGAAGGUCAGUAAAAAGCUGGACCAACUGGAGCGCGAGAAGCAACAACUGGCUGAGAGUGGUCUCAAUGUCCUGGCACGCUGCCGUUCGCAGAGCAGAACCAGACUGGCCUCGUCGCCAAAGGAUACCACGCAGGCGCCGGAGGGCAAGGAGGGCCCCAGCCCCUCGGGCCCGGAGGCCGGAGCAGAUAUGGACAAGCACCCUUGGCUGUUGGCCGAUGGCCGCUUGGUCACCGCACAUCUGCAAGGCGAGAACUUGGCUCUGAAACGGGCCGUCAUGAAGGCACGGCGAGAGAUUGACGAGCUUCUGAAAGGAAGAGCGGAGACGGAGGCGAGAGCCCGAGCGCUCAAGGAAGAGAACAGCGCGGCGGCAGAGGCGCUGCGACGAUACACCAAUGCUUGGAUGCCCCAGGCCCGGAAAGUCGCUCUUUCUGCGGCACAGCAGCACAGCUAUGCACAGCUCACAGGCCCUGCGGCCAAACAGGAAGCACCGAGGAGCCCGGCGCUCUCCGGAGUGUCUGGAGGAGCCAAACUCUCCACGCCGCCGGAGAUCACAGGCCCUGGCGAAAAGCUUCGAUGCCUGCUGCCGCCUUUGACCUCUCCCCUCUCAGGAUCAUGCAGCCGGUCUGCACCGCGCUUUAGGCCAGCGGAAGCUCAAGACGAGCUGCUCGAAUCUCCAUCAGAAGAGCGACGUUUGCUUUUCUUGGACGUGGAUGGAGUGCUGCAUCCUCUGCAGGUGCGAAUGCUUGAGCAGACUCAGAAGGUCGACACAUCGCACUGCUUCCAAGAUACUUGUAUGCGGGAGCUUCGUCGAGUUGUGUCCACAACCGGGGCGCAGAUCAUCCUCAGCUCGUCUUGGCGCAAGUUUGAGAAGACCCGCCAGAUGCUUCUGGAGGAGCUGGCGAAGCAUGGCCUCUCCUUCCGAGAGUGGACCACCGUGGCAGGGGGCGAGGGCAGCGACGCGCGGGUCGACCAGAUCCUGGCCUUCGUGACGGCCUCGAACGUCGACUCCUGGGCUGCCGUGGAUGACGAGGAUCUGGCACCCAGCAGUUCGCUGCAAUCAGAGGGUAUGAUGAAGUCCCUGUUUCGACAACAUUUUGUUCGCACGGAUGCAUCGCGGGGGCUUGAUGCAGAGACGGCAGAUGCGCUGAUCCAGCUACUCUCGGUGGACAACCGAGGGCUGACAGGGCCACGUCCUGUCCCUGUGGCUCAGUUCGGCAGAGCUGGACCCGGCCGAGGCGAGACCGAGACGGUCAAUCUGACGGCUCAGGCUCCCCUCAGCGACGAGGCAAGAAGCAAGCUGCUCCAGACCAGCGAUGAAAUCAGCCGCAGGAUGGAGGUCAGAUGGCAAGCCCUCGGUUGGUCUUGA